AUGCUUCNAAAUUUCAGUGAAAGUGCGGCCCCAUCAACACGUCGGAUAUCUCCGUCACGUCGUGACAGAACUUCUCGACUGCAUCCACAAGACACAUCUCGCGUACCAUCCAUUCAGAGCACUUCUUAUCCAUCCAGUUAUCACCAUUACUCACGCGAGACCACCUUUGGCGUAGAAGAAGACGGUACUUGGAAGCCCGUUCACAAUAUGUUCAUUAACGGCAAUGUUCAGGCGUGCACAUCUGCAUCGGUUCAUCAUCCGAUCCCGAACGGUCAUUUAACGACGAACGGUUAUCGCAAAUCAACGAAUACAGCAAACCUUUUGAACGGUUCCUCUUCACCUUCGAACACUCUGAAUGGCUUCGUCGUCAAUGGAAAUCCUAUCAAUCGGUUCGUGCCGAACGGUAAUAUUGGUGGUACUUCGCCCCUUCGAGGCCAUUCGCCUCGAGAUAUCACUUCUAAUGGCAAACUUCAAAUCAGCAACUCCCCUCGCUCAUCGGUUGCCAGCCAUUCGUCGGUAGGUUCAACGAAAAAUGUUCAAAACGGUAGCUGUGCAAGUCCUCCAAGAACCAAACAACACUCGCCAAGACAGUCACCACCAAUUAGUGAAGACGGCUUAGUGGUAGUUAGAAUGAAGCCGGAUUCACAAGGUCGAUUCGGUUUUAAUGUGAAGGGCGGUGCUGAUCAGAAUUAUCCAAUUAUUGUGAGUCGAGUUGCGAAUGGUAGCGCUGCAGACAGAUGUAAUCCACGGCUGAACGAAGGCGAUCAGGUACUUAUGAUUAACGGUGUUGAUGUGACGUCAAUGGCUCACGAUCAAGUCGUUCGUUUCAUUCGUUCAGUACGAGAAACAAUCAAAGCUGAACUCGUCCUUACCAUUCGACCUAACGUUUAUCGAUGUGGUGAUGAAAUUGAAGAACCCGAUGUGAUUUGUGUUCCUGAAACGCCACACGUAUCAUCUUCAGUUCCGCGAUCCGAUCUUCUCUCACAAUCCUUGUUACUUCUUAAAGAGUCACUUGUAUCGGGAAAAGUUAUCUCACAAUUUGAUGUUCGACUGCAGUUGAACGCAUCGUAUUCGUUGCACAUCACUUAG